CCGGGGCGGGGGCUGCCCGCCUGCCUCGGGCAACUGAGGCUCGGGACUGGGAUUGUAGUGACAAUUGUUCUGUAUUUGUUGCUUGAGAGGAGAAAGUGGUUUUUCUUCCAUAGCAUCGUCUGCUUUGAAGAAAGGAGGGAGGAAGAGGGCGGGUUAAAGCUAAAGAAAUAAGUCCUCUCUCCGAAGGAAAUGCCUUUUGCGCUCUCCAGAUGACUUUUUCCGAAAAUGCAGCCUCUCCAGCUGUCCGGUUUUUACUUUGACUGCAGAGUGAGUGAAACUGAGCCCUAACUUCCCCACAGACCCUAGGAUGUGCACUUUUGGGAUUAGCAAUAUGGGGCAUCUCUUGUCACCUCUCCUCCUGAGCCUGGCAGCAGUUUUUUCCAAAGUGACUGAGAGUCGUGGGAUCCUGGAGAGCAUACAAAGAUUUUCUUUACUGCCGACUUACUUGCCUGUGAGCUAUCGUAUCCACAAUGCAGAUAUUUCCUUCUUUCUCAAGGAAGCCAAUCAGGAUAUUAUGAGGAAUUCCAGCUUGCAGUCCCGAGUGGAAUCCUUUCUGAUCUACAAAUCCAAGAGGCCGCCUGUGUUAAAUGCCAGCUAUGGACCUUUUUCUGUUGAACAAGUCGUGCCCCAGGACUUAAUGUUGUCUUCAAAUCCAUUUGAAUCUACUAACAAGUUCUCCUUCAACUGGAAACUGAAAGCUUUCAUAAUGAGUGAUAAAAUUUACCCAAGCAAGCCGAAAGUCCAGAUCCUGUUCUACAUUGUGGGCAGGGACUGGGAUGACUAUAGCACCACAGAGCAGCUGCCCUGCCUGCGAGUGUUUGCCUUUCGAGAGACACGGGAAGUCAGAGGCAGCUGCAGGCUGAAAGGGGACCUGGGGUUGUGCGUGGCAGAGCUGGAACUCCUGCCGAGCUGGUUUAACCCUCCAACGGUUGUUGCUGGCCGUAAGAAACCAAUGGAUCAGUCUGAAGGGAGCCCUGUGGAGCUUUACUAUGCCAUACAGCCAGGAGAUGAGAGAGGGGAAUGCACCAAGGAGGAUGUAAGGAAAAGUAAUGGGAUCCGACCAGGGCGCAAUGACAUUGAUGAGUCAGGACCUCCCUUGCAAAGGAUUGGAAGUGUUUUCCUUUACCAGACACAUGCUGGCCCUUCCUUAAAUGAAAUGAGGUUGGAUAAUAAUAUUGCCAUUCAAUAUGCACCAAAGACUGUCAAGCAAGGUGACAUUUUGACUUUCCUUGUAUCUGUUGCUAAGAAUUCAACAGAAGAUCAGUUCACGUUGAGGGCAAAGGUGAAGAAAGGAGUGAAUAUUUUCAGCGUACGAGCCAGCAGCCCAUACUUAUGGGACAUCAGAGAGAACAUGGAUUACACUGGGAAAUAUGCACCAGCUGUUAUUGUUUGCCAGAGGAAAUCUGCCAUCUCUGAAAACAGUGCGGAUGGUCCUUCCUCUGAAAUCAUGCAGAUUGAUUUUGAAAUUGAAGACCUUACUGAUCUACCUGGGACCCAGCUCAUCACAUGGCAGGUAGAAUAUCCUGGAGACACAACAUCUGAUCUAGGAAUCUCCAAGAUCUACGUAAGCCAGAAGGACCUGGUAGGAGUUCUCCCUUUGGCUAUGGAAGCAGAGAUCCUGAAUACAGCUAUUCUCACUGGGAAAACUGUAGCUGUCCCUGUCAAAGUGAUCUCUGUGGAAGAUGAUGGGACUGUGACUGAUCUUCUGGAGUCUGUGGAGUGCAGAUCAUCGGAUGAAGAUGUCAUUAAGGUUUCUGACAGAUGUGACUAUGUCUUUGUCAAUGGGAAGGAAAUGAAAGGCAAAGUGAAUGUCAUAGUUAAUUUUACUUACCAGCAUCUGAGCGCACCUUUAGAAAUGACAGUCUGGGUUCCUCGUCUACCGCUGCAGAUAGAGGUCUCUGACACAGAACUAAAUCAGAUCAAGGGGUGGAGAGUCCCCAUCAUCUCUAAUAAGAGACCAGCCAGAGACAGUGAUGAUGAAGAAGAGGACGAACGGAAGGGAAGAGGCUGCACUCUUCAGUACCAACAUGCGAUGGUGCGAGUCCUCACGCAGUUUGUAGCUGAAGCCUCAGACCCUGGCAGCCAGCUGAGCUAUUUGCUGGGUUCUGACUGGCAGAUUGACAUCACCAACCUGGUGAGUGACUUCAUGCAGGUGGAGGAGCCACGAAUCGCUAAGCUGCAGGAUGGACAGGUUUUGAUUGGGCAAGAGCUUGGAAUGACGACAAUUCAGAUAUUGUCCCCCCUUUCAGAUGCUAUCUUGGCUGAGAAGACAGUGACAGUUCUGGAUGAGAAGGUGACAAUAACUGACCUGGGAGUGCAGCUGGUAACUGGAUUGUCGCUUUCUCUGCAGCUCAGUCCAGGAAGCAAUAAGGCCAUUUUUGCUACAGCAGUAGCGCAAGAGCUGCUCCAGUCUCCAAAACAGGAAGCAGCCAUCAGCUGCUGGAUCCAGUUCAGUGAUGGCUCCGUCAUGCCCCUGGAUAUUUAUGACUCCAAAGACUUCUCUUUGUCAGCUACAUCUCUGGAUGAGAAGGUGGUCUCAAUUCACCAUGACCCCAAAUACAAGUGGCCUGUGAUUGCUGCAGAGACAGAAGGCCAGGGGACGCUGGUGAAGGUUUUUUUUUGUAGCAUUAAAGUCAAGUUUGGUCAGAGUGAUGCCAACCCUAACAUCAGUGAUAGCAAACGCAGAGGUGCUGGCGUUCACCUAGAAAAUCAUGCCAGUGACCGGCGUCAGAAAACCACACUGCAGGAAAGAGCUGGGCCAGAUGGUCAAUAUUAUAGCUCCUCAGUGGGCCAAGAGGAAGGCAAAUGGACCACCACUCAAAAGUCUAUUUUAAGUAAAAAAGAAGACAGAGAAAGCCUCCUGGAUGAUGACAGUCAUCUGCAGAACAUCCCAAUAGAUUUCACAAGCUUCCCUGCACAGGUGGAUCUGCCAAGAAACAAUGGAGACUUGGAAGAAAAUGACCUAGUCGAGACUCCCAGGGGACUCAGUGAUCUGGAAAUAGGAAUGUAUGCUCUGCUGGGAGUCUUUUGCCUGGCAAUUCUGGUCUUCCUUAUCAAUUGUGUCACUUUUGCUUUGAAGUACAGACACAAACAAGUUCCCUUUGAAGAGCAAGAGGGUAUGAGCCACUCUCAUGAUUGGGUUGGGCUGAGCAACAGGACAGAACUUCUGGAGAAUCACAUAAACUUCUCAUCCCAACAAGAUGAACGUAUCACAGCCAUUGACAGAGGAGUGGAGUAUGAAGAGAGCAAAUAUCUCCUCAACACAGAUGCCCCCAAAAAUAUUAAUGGACAAGCUUUUAGGUCUACUGAGUCCACAUUCACUGAAGGGAAAGAACAGAAAAGCGAACCAACUACUUCUCCUACCUCUAAGAGGAAACGGGUUAAAUUCACCACUUUUACCACCAUCUCCUCUGAUGAUGGGUGUCCAACUGUCAACUCAGUCUUGAUGAGCAGUGAGGAUGAUAUUAAAUGGGUCUGCCAGGAUAUGGACCUCGGGGAAUGCAAAGAACUAAAAAACUAUAUGGAGAGAUUACAUGAAAAUGUGUAACGAGACACAAAAGACCUUUUUUGUUUGGUUUGUUUGUUUUUCACUCACCUUCUGCCUUUAAUUUUUGGGUAGUGGGGCAAAAUGUUGCAUUGAUAAGAAGAAUCAGCUGGUGGAUAAUAACUCAACAGAGCCCCAAGAAGCCACCCAAAAGCAGCUGGGAGAGCAGAGAUCCUGGGCAGCUCUUACAAUUCAAAUCUUCUCUGUGCUCAGAGACAGAAGUGAGAGAUGUGUGAGGUUUUUUGAUGCAUGGUAACAUGAAAAAAAAACUUAGCAAAAUAAUAAGAUCUCAUUCUCUGAGCUUUCCCGGGAAAUCAAUAAAUAUAACAAACUCCAGUGCAGUUUGGUUAUUACAAAGUUCACACAGCUCUACCGUUCAAUAUUGCAAGCUUUGGUUAAAAGCAAAAAAUUGGUCUCAGAAUAAAUAGAUCAACGAAGAAAGCAUGUCAUUCAAGCCACAUGCAGAGAAUAUCUAUCCAAGAACAUUAAUUUAAAGCUGACAAAACCAACAAUGUGAGCAGAACAGCUGCCAUAGCUGCAAAGUCAUGAGUUUCCAAAGAAUCUUGAGGGGAAAAAGGAGUAACUGGGCUGUUUACAAACCAGCAUGUUUGCCUCCCAAACACUGAGAAUGGAUACACAUAUACAGUUAAAAAUGAACCUCUCUUUUUAAGUAGAAGCCAAGGUAAUAAACUUUGCCGGCCAAUUUUCGGUAUUUCUUAAUUUGUAAAAUAGGAGAAGAUAUAAUGUAUACUCAGAAUACCACUUGUGUAAAGGAAGGUCUGUUUUGGAACGUUUGAGAGAACCAAGCUAUUUUUAAAAGCCCACUUUCUUUGAUUGUCCUGUUUCAAAUUUGUAUUCCCAGCAUUUCCCUGGAGUACUCCCCAUUUGGUAGCCUGAGGGCACCUCCUAGCCUCAAUCAGCUUUGGAAGCGCGGUGGCUCCUUCCUUCCCUUCCCUCCCUGCCCAGCACACUUGCUUCUCCACGCUGCAUUCUCGCCAAGCGCAGACACUGUUGGUACCACACGGGUUCUUGCUUUACAUGCUGUCAUUUACCAAAGCUGGCCACUCUCUCUUGGGUAAGUGUAACUUGUGCUGAACUGGACCACCAACAGCAACUGCCUCUUUGUUCUUCCCUCUCCUGGGAGACAUUAGGUUGUUCAGUUGCUUUUGCUCAUGCUUCUUUCGACCUCUGCGCAGCAUGUCGAGAGGGCACUUGAAGGUCACAGAGGAGUGCUUUACACCCAAAGUUGUUGAAACCUGAACAGCUAAGCUACGUAGAUAAUGGGUUUUUUUUUUUCUUCCCGCAGGUGAUGGUUAGCUUUUGUUUUCCUCUGCUAAGGAUGUACAUAUGGUAGGAUGUCAGUGAUUACCUUUUGAAUCUGAUGUGCCCUCCAGCCCUAAAACUGUGACAUCAUUUGUGUGGUCCAAAAGCACUCUCCAGUGACCAGUGGCAAAGUGUCAAGGCACUAACUAAGAUCUGGCUUAUAUUUCAAAUUGUCCUUUAUUUUCCAAAGUAAGUCCCUGCCCUCCUUUUGUUACUUAGUCUCUCUCUGUCAUUGAAUCUAGGUUGCUGAGUUUAAUACACACCCACUCUCCCACAAACACUUAUAUUGACUCCAUCUAUAUUUAGAAUGUACUGUAGAUUGUAAGAAUGUAAUAUAUAUAUUUAUAAACAUGCCAACUGUGAAUAAAAUUUGCAUUUUAGUGGCUUCAUCUUUUUUCCUACUCUGAACGCCCCCCUCCUUUCACUGUCAGAACGUUUACCCUAAAAGAGACUGGCAGCAAUAUGGAAACUUGUCCUUUGAUAAAAUGGUGAGUUAAGGCUCUUGGCAAAACCUCGUUACAAAGUUUUACGUUGUGCAGUGUUGGCAGGAGAAGACACAAUCUCAAAAACAUGUUAUGAAAUGUAUUUGCACCAAAUCACCCUUCCAAGAUUUGAA